AUGGACACAAAUGGACCGAUAAAACCUCCAGAGACCCCGUCUCCUACGGAAUUGAUUCUCCAGCAGAAAAAGGAUGCUCUGCAGGGGCUUCCGCAGGUGGGCGGAGAUGGAGGGGAUGGGAUCCUGGCUCAGCUUUCGAGCAAUCCUUUCUUUACCGCAGGGUUCGGUCUAGCUGGCCUAGGCGCGGCUGCGACAUUCGCACAACGAGGCUUCAAGCGCAGCGCCGAUCUGAUCCGGCGGCGCAUGCUCGUCGACGUCGAAAUCAACAUCAAAGACGACUCGUACCCGUGGUUUCUACAAUGGAUGACCGUUUACCAACAAUCUCAGUUAAAUGGCAGGGCCCCGUCGGUCGCCGCCGCCGCCGCCGCCGCAGCAGCAGCCAGCAGCGAGAAAAUCGGCUGGAUGGAGAGGCUGCUACGAAAAUUCACACCGGGGAUGCGCCAGCUCUCGAUUCAAACGCAAAAAGUCGAGCAUGCGAAUGGAGCCAUUCAGACACAGUUUACGCUUAUCCCUGGGCCUGGGAAACACAUUUUGCGCUACAAGAAUGCGUUUGUUUUUGUCAACCGUGUGCGUGAAUCUUCUUCGCGCGACAUGCAGUCUGGACGGCCAUGGGAAACGGUCACGCUGACCACGCUAUACUCGCACCGGCAUAUUUUCGAAGAGAUGUUCUCCGAGGCCCACGCGGUGGCCGCAAAGUCGCACGAGGGCAAGACGCGGAUUUACAACAGCUGGGGCGCAGAGUGGUCGCAGUUUGGCCAUCCGCGACGGAAACGGCCGUUGACAUCGGUCAUUUUGGACGAAGGCGUCAAGGAAAGAAUCGUUGAAGAUGUCAGAGACUUCCUCGACAGCGGGAAAUGGUAUUACGAUCGCGGUAUCCCCUAUCGCCGGGGCUACCUGCUUCACGGCCCUCCUGGCAGCGGCAAAAGCUCGUUCAUCCAGGCCUUGGCCGGCGAGCUCGACUAUGACAUUGCCAUUCUGAACCUCAGCGAGCGCGGUCUGACGGACGACCGGCUCAACCAUCUUCUCACAAUCAUCCCCAAUCGAACCUUGGUCUUGCUGGAGGACGUGGAUGCUGCCUUUUCCAACCGCCGAACCCAGACCGAGGAAGACGGGUACCGCGGCGCCAACGUCACGUUUUCUGGGCUCUUGAAUGCCCUUGACGGCGUGGCCAGUGCUGAAGAACGCAUCAUAUUCCUGACGACAAACCAUGCAGAUCGGCUAGACGAAGCGCUCGUGCGGCCGGGACGCGUCGAUAUGACGGUGCGCCUCGGCGAAGCCAGUCGCUACCAAGUAGCCGCGCUGUGGGAUCGCUUCUACAGCGAGUUUGAUGCUAAUGGGGUCUACAAGGAUAGAUUCCUGGAUCGCCUUGCCGGGCUAGGGCUUAUUGAAGAUCGGGACGGUCACAAGGCCGAUGUCGCCAAAACGGUCAGCACUGCCGCGCUUCAGGGCUUGUUCUUGUAUAAUAAGGGGGAUAUGGAGAGGGCGAUCAAAUCGGCCGAUUCAUUGGCGCAGUCCAUAUACCACUGA